CAUAGGGGAGGGAAAAAAGCGAAGUGAUCCAUUGAACCAAAAGUCUUUGCCCUCUCUUAAUUACGUAGUGGCCCAUAUCUUUUCUCUUUUUUUUCCACUUAAAAAAAAAAAAAAAAAAAAAAAAACUUUCUUCUGUACUUGAAGACCUCUGGUUAUUGGUAAUUAGCAUGAGGAGAAUAAAACCAGCCGAUUGUGAGAGGGGUGGUGCAUUGUGGAGCGAGAUGGCUAACAGAAUGGUUCUAUCACUCCUUCAUGGUCUCUUCUACCUAUCUCUGAUUCAGCCCUCUCUUCAAGGAGGUGUGUAUGUACCCGCUGGUGCUGGAGUCAGACCAGGAGCAGGAGGAUCUGGACCAGGUGCUGGUCUCUACCCAGGAGCUGGUGGGAUACCCGCAGGAGCAGGCUACAAACCAGCUAAAACUGGUGCUGGAGGAUAUGGAGGACGGGGUGGUGUUGGUGCUGGAGGUCUGGUCCCUGGUGGCGGGGCUGGAGGCAUAGGAGCAGGAGGCCUCGGAGGAGGAGGAGUCGGUGGAAAGGGCCCCAAACCUGGUUAUGGAAACCUUGGUGCUGGUGGUCUUGGUGGUGGAGGAUAUGGAGCUGGUCCUGGAGCCACCGGUCUAGGAACAGGAAGCUUUGGAGGAGGAGGAGGAUACGCUAAGCCUGGAGCUGGUUAUGGAGGAGGCUCGCCGUAUGGCGGCUCGACUUAUGGAGGAGGUGGUGCUGGGAGCUUCUUCCCUGGAGGUGGUCUGGGACAGAAGGCAGGACCCAAACCAGGCUAUGGGGCAGGAGCUGGACUACAACCAGGCUAUGGUGCAGGUGGACUACAGCCAGGGUAUGGCGGUGGUGGAUUACAGCCAGGUUUAGGGGGACCUGGAGGCGCAGGAACAGGAGCUGCGGUGCCUGCAGGAGCACCUGUUAUUCCUCAGACUGGACUACCUGGAGGUGGGCUGGGACCAGGUGCCGGAAAAGGAAAGGCUCCAAAAGGAGGAGUGCCAGGUGUGGGGGUGCCUGGACUUUACCAAGGUGGCCAGGUGCCAGGACAAGGGUUUGGUGGUCGUGGAGUGCUGCCUGGUGUGGCCACUGGGAACGGACUCAAUCCCAAAUCAUUGCCAGGUGGAGGACAACAGGGACCAGGAGGCUCAGGUCGUGUUGGUUACGGAGGACCAAUGCAGCCAGGAGUAUUCCAUGGAUACCCACUCAAAACACCCAAAACACAAGGUGGCUAUGGAGCGAAAGCUGGAGGAGCUGGAGGCAAACUUCCAUUUGGAUACGGGGGCUUUGGUGGUGGUGGUGGAGCAGGCCUUCCUGGGGGAAAAGGAGGUCCUGGAUCCAAGCCUGGAUACCCCAUUGGAACUGGUGUUGGGACAGGAGGUCUUAACCCGGCCCAGGCUCAAGCUAAAGCUGCUAAAUAUGGUGCUGGUUUGGGUGUUGUGCCUGGUGCAGGUGGAGCCUACCCUGGAGCGGGAGGAGCUUACCCUGGAGGAUAUAAUCCUGCUGCAGCCAAAGCUGCUAAAUAUGGAGUCCCAGGAGGUGCAGGGGGCGUCCCAGGUCUUGGAUCAGUAGCAGGAGGAGCAGGAGGAGUACCUGGAGGGGUACCCGGAGGAACUGGAGGAUACAACCCUGCUGCGGCCAAAGCUGCUAAAUAUGGAGUUCCAGGGGGUGCAGGAGCAGGCCUAGGAGCUGGAGGACUUGGAGGAGUACCAGGAGGGGGAGGUGUACCUGGGGCUGGAGGAUAUAAUCCCGCAGCGGCCAAAGCAGCUAAAUAUGGACUCCCUGGAGGAGGUGCAGGCGGUCUUCCAGGUGCUGGAUCAGUUGCAGGAGGAGUAGGAGGAGUACCAGGAGCUGGGGCUGGAGGAUAUAAUCCUGCUGCGGCCAAAGCCGCUAAAUAUGGAGUUCCAGGAGGAGCAGGUGCAGGCUUAGGGGGAGCUGGAGGCUAUGGAGCGGGAGCCAGGCCUCCCUAUUAUGGUGUUCCAGGGAGUGCUGGAUUUGGGGGAGCAGGGACUUUUCCAGGGGCUGGAGGAUACAACCCUGCCACCAAAGCUGCUAAAUAUGGAAUACCAGGAGGUGCAGGAGCAGGCCUAGGGGCUGGAGGACUAGGAGGAGGGGUACCAGGGGCUGGAGGACUUGGAGGAGCAGGAGGAGGGGUACCAGGGGCUGGAGGACUUGCAGGAGGAGGGGUACCAGGGGCUGGGGGUGGAGGAUACAAUCCUGCUGCCGCUGCCAAAGCUGCUAAGUACGGGGUCCCGGGAGGUGCAGGGGCAGGCCUAGGAGCUGGAGGUCUUGGAGGAACAGGAGGGGUACCAGCAGGAGGAGCUGGGGCUGGAGGGUAUAAUCCUGCUGCUGCCAAAGCUGCUAAAUAUGGAGUCCCCGGAGGUGCAGGAGCAGGAGGAGUACCUGGAGGAGGAGCAGGGGGUGUACCUGGGGCUUUAGGAUAUAAUCCCGCUGCAGCCAAAGCUGCUAAAUAUGGAGUUCCAGGAGGUGCAGGAGCAGGUCUAGGAGCUGGAGGACUUGGAGGAGGAGGGGGUGUACCUUGGGCUGGAGGAUAUAAUCCCGCUGCAGCCAAAGCUGCUAAAUAUGGAGUUCAAGGAGGUGUAGGAACAGGCCUGGGAGCAGGAGGACUUGGAGGAGCAGGAGGAAUACAGGGAUUACCUGGAGGAGGAGCAGGGGUUGUCCCUGGGGCUGGAGGAUAUAAUCCUGCUGCCGCUGCCAAAGCUGCUAAGUACGGGGUCCCAGGAGGUGCAGGGGCAGGCCUAGGAGCUGGAGGUCUUGGAGGAACAGGAGGGGUACCAGCAGGAGGAGCUGGGGCUGGAGGGUAUAAUCCUGCUGCUGCCAAAGCUGCUAAAUAUGGAGUCCCCGGAGGUGCAGGAGCAGGAGGAGUACCUGGAGGAGGAGCAGGGGGUGUACCUGGAGCUUUAGGAUAUAAUCCCGCUGCCGCCAAAGCUGCUAAAUAUGGAGUUCCAGGAGGUGCAGGAGCAGGUCUAGGAGCUGGAGGACUUGGAGGAGGAGGGGGUGUACCUUGGGCUGGAGGAUAUAAUCCCGCUGCAGCCAAAGCUGCUAAAUAUGGAGUUCAAGGAGGUGUAGGAACAGGCCUGGGAGCAGGAGGACUUGGAGGAGCAGGAGGAAUACAGGGAGUACCUGGAGGAGGAGCAGGGGUUGUCCCUGGGGCUGGAGGAUAUAAUCCUGCUGCAGCCAAAGCUGCUAAAUAUGGCUAUGGGGGAUAUGGAGGGGCAGCAGGAGGGGCAGGAGCAGGAGGAUAUAAUCCUGCUGCGGCCAAAGCUGCUAAAUAUGGAGCUGGAGUAGCCGGCCUAGGAGGAGCAGGAGGAGGGCCAGGGACUGGGGCUGGACCAGGAUAUGGAGGCUACGGAGGAUAUGGAGGGGUACCAGCAGGAGGGGCUGCCGCUGCUGCCAAAGCUGCUAAAUAUGGAGUUCCAGGAGGAGCUGGAGGGGUACCCGGGGCUGGAUAUGAGGGAUAUAAUCCUGCUGCGGCCAAAGCUGCUAAAUAUGGAGUUCCAGGAGGUGCAGGAGCAGGCCUAGGAGCUGGAGGAAUUGGAGGAGCAGGAGGAGGGGUACCAGGGGCUGGAGGAUAUAACCCUGCUGCGGCCAAAGCUGCUAAAUAUGGAGUCCCCGGAGGUGCAGGAGCAGGAAUAGCAGCUGGAGGAGCAGGUGGAUUACCAGGAGGAGGAUUACCAGGAGGAGGAGGAGGGGGUGUAACUGGGGCUGGUGGAUAUAAUCCCGCUGCAGCCAAAGCUGCUAAAUAUGGAGUCUCAGGAGGUGUAGGAACAGGCUUGGGAGCAGGAGGAGUACAGGGUGGAGUAGGAGCUGGAGGAUAUGAUCCCGCGGCCAAAGCUGCUAAAUAUGGUAAGCCAAACGGGGUGGGCAUCGGUGGAGAAGGUGUGCCAGCGCCAGCAGCGACUCCAAGUCCAGGUGUGGGCGUGGGUGGUGGUGUUGGAGGAACUGCCAUUGAGCGCACUGACUUACCAGUGGGCACAGGGAUACCUAUCGCAGGCAAACCAGAUCCCACACCUAUUGGCACACAGGCCACAGAGGCCCCAGAGCCAGAGCCCAGUGCCACAGGAUUACCAGGAGUUGGUGCUGGGGUUCUUCAACCUAGUGCUGGUACAGGCCCAGUUCAGCCUGGUGUGGGUGUCGGAGCAGGUGGCAAAGCUCCUAAACCGCCUGGUGCAGGGGGAUACCCGUAUGGUGGUUAUGGACAGGCAGGACGACUCCCAUAUGGUCAUGGACAGGGUGCAGGUGGAUAUCCCUAUGGAGGAGGCUAUGGAACUCCAUACGGAGCAGGAGCUGGACAACUUCCUGGAGCCAAGCCCCUGAAACCUCCAGUUGUGGGAGGAGCAGGCGGUGUGGCUGGAGGAGCAGGUAUUCCUCUUACUGGAGCCGGUGGUGGUGUAGGGGGAUACCCGUAUGGUUAUGGUCAAGGUGGUUAUGGACAGGGACAGGGUGCGAGGUAUCCUGCUGGUGUUGGUCUGGGAACAGGGGCAGGAGCAGGUCAAAAAGCACCCAAACCCCCAGGUUAUGGUAACCUGGGUGCUGGUGGUGCUGGUUAUAAUCCAGGUGCUGGUGCGGUCCCAAAUUACGGAGGUGGCUACCCACAACAACGGGGCUACCCACAGCAAGGUGGAGGCUACCCACAGCAAGCCUACCCGGGAGCAUAUGGAGCAGGCCAGACGGCACCACUGACUCCUCAACAAGCCAAAGCAGCCAAGUAUGGCCCACUCCAGAGCUUCCUUGGUGGAGCAGGAGGAGGAGGCUACAGACCAGGAGGAGUUGCUGCUGGAUGCCAAAGCAAAUACUGUGGAAGGCGGAAGUAGAGGAUGUUCUUGAGAAGAAGUUGAAUUUCAAGAAACAAUGGUGCUACUGCAUUAUCUAGAAUGUACAUUUUAAAUGCACAAAAUCCCCCAUUACAGUAUGUAAAGAUAUGUUGUACUUUAUUUGAUAUUUUUUAUACAAACCCACCGACCCAGACUUUUGCACACAUUUGAUGUGACUUGGUGUUAUUGAUUGUGCCUUUAUCGUUACAGUGGUCAUGGUGCUCAUCAUCUCUUACUGACAUGCCUGCGAUGCUCCCCUUUUAGUAGCUAUACUCAGUAGUUGUGUGUGCGUGCAUGUGUGUGGGCAUGUUUGUGUGGAUGUUUGCCUAUGUGGCUGUGUGUACGUGUGCGCUUGCACGUGUUGCCAUAGAUGUGUGCGUGAUUGGGUAGAAAGGAGAAUGUGAAAGAUUCUCCAGCCAUAGAAGCACCAGUUCUGUGACAGUACAUCCCUCUACUGCAGUAUCCCCAAUUGCUUAGUGUCUGUGUGUACCAAAGUUGGAGAUCUUCACAUACUGACACGUCAAACUAAGGGUUGAGCUUCAAGAGGUAUGGUUGGUAAAGUGCUGAUAAACUUUGGCCAUGUAUCAGAACUGCCUCCUCUGGCUUUCUAUCAUCUCUGCUGCUAUUUAUAGCCCUGGGUGAAAUAGCAGUGGCAUAGCGGGUGUGUGUGGGCACAGGUUUCACAGUCCAUCUGCCAUCAGUAACUAUUUUAAGUGCCAUGGUUUAAGUAGCCUAUCUUCAGCCUUCUUACCUUGAUUUCCGCCAAACUUGUGAAGUAUGAAGAGCAGGUUUUGCUCUGAAUGUGGGAAAGCUGAUGACAAUCAAUCCAAAGGUGUUCAAAAGAUUUUUAGGUGAUCUUUAGUGAUAUUCAUAUCAUACACAUUGUGUCGGUUUGUACCAAUCAUUUGAAAUGCGGUGUGUUUUGUUUCUUAAAUGAUUUGUAUGUUUUUAGUUUUUAGAAAUGCAGGUUUUACAAAAAUGUAAAAGUAAAAUUCAAAUCCUUUCGAUACUGCUCUGGCAUGUAUUGUACAUUAUGUAUGUAUGUAUGACAUGAACAUUUUGUUUUCUUAAUUAUGUAUAAUUUUUCUGGUGUCCAAGAUUAAGUGCCUGGAAUGUUAUGCAUAUCUGGAAUCAUUCUAGUUUCACAUGCAGUCAUAGUUUAAUUUAUGCAAAUUGCAUUAUUCAAGUUUCAAAUGUUUCUGGUCAGAAAAGUAGACUCAAGAUUUGUGUAAUCUAGAAUAAGGCAACUAACUGUAUGUUGUAGUAAUAGCCCUGGGUUAUCAUGACUCUCACUCUCUUCAGUUCUUUUAGCCUACUCCGUGAUGGUUUUUAUGAACUGUGUGAGCCGCACCUGUCAGGGGCCGCUGCCCUGUGCCGUGGGAUAGUAUUCAUCUGAUUUUCACAGCACAUUUGACUUGUGCCCAGCAAUACCGACCUUUUAAUUGCUUCAGUAAAAAAACUAAAUAAAAUUGUUUUAAUGAAUACA